GAUUUCUCCUUACAGCAAACAUGAGCUCUUUCCUCCCACUGGUAUCAGAAACCAGCGUUGAUGUUGGCCAUGACUUCAAGGCCGAGCCCAAGGUCUCCCAAGGCAUCAAAGUGGUAGUGCACGAGAUAGAUGAUGAUUCUGGCAACGAGACCCAGGUCGAGCCCAAUCUUUCGGAGAAUCUCAACCCGCUUGAUCGGGAGGUCGACAGUGCUGUCCCGGAUACCUAUGCUGAGUACAAGCCCCCAGUAUAUUCCAAACCAGGCCUAGGAUGCCCAUGGAAGAAGAAUACUCUCAAAGACACCGUACCCCACUCUGUCAAGGAUCGAGAGAUCAUGUGGAGCACAGAUGACAUUGCCGAGCUCGAAGCCAAUGGACCUGUCAUGACUCCUGCAAUGGUUUCGGACCUGGCGCUGCGUAUCAUGAAGUCCGGAGAGAAGUUGAAAGAGUCUGUCAAGGAAAUUGAGAUUCUGGAAGAGACAGCCAAGGCACUGGGUGCUGUGGUGGCCAGAUCAGUUUGUGUGGAUGAUGUUCCAAACGCUCCUGUCGAUGCGGAUGCUAGCAAUAAGCAGCAUGUCUCGAAGGUCGAUGUGGCGCUAAUUAGUGAACGCCCUUGCGAUGCUCCUUGUUCAUCGUGUGAGAAGAUGAAGUGUGUUCCGAAGGGAGAUUUGCCUGUCGAAUCGAUUCUUACAUCUGCUGAAGAGCCCUACUUUGACAAAGUCCGUGAGGUCCAGCACGACUUGGAAAGGGUAACACUUGAAGAUGUAAAAAUCUUGGCCAAGCUCGAGACUCAAGCCCAUGGCCAUAUCGAGAAGGGUGGAGAGACAGCCAAGCUCCAAUCAAUUGUCGACUCCCGUCACAGAUUUGAGAAAUCGUUCGAGGAUCGAGAGGCAAAUUUUGAGAGAGUCAAGCACGAGAUCGAGGAAAAGGAGGAGCAUGAUCCAUCCAGUGUUACAAAGAGUGAUGCUGCCAAGCUCGCCCACUAUGAAGCUCGCGCACAUGGGACCCUCGAGGCAGGAGGUCCUGCUGCUUGGCGCGCAAGAAUGAGACGGCUUCAGUGGCUCAUUAGCCAGCAAAAUCAAUGGGGAGAGUACCAAGAUGACGGCACGACCGUGAGCCAGCUUGUGAAACAGCUAGAGGAAGUCAACAGUAUGUCCUAA